UGCCGGUGGGCACUACCGGACACCACCGGUUACAGCUGGGUGUAGGCGGUACAGCUGGCUGCCACCCAGCACCGCUGGGUAAAGCCGAACAUCACCAGGCACUGCCAGUCAUGCCGUGUGAUGACCACUGGCCACUGCUGCCUAUAGCUGGUGCCACUGGGCACCACCGGGCACUGCCAGCUGCUGCUGGACAGCAUGGGCGCAGCCAGGCACCCCGGCCCACGUGGCAGCGCUGGACAGUCCAGGGCGGAACGUCUGUGGGUCUGGUUUGGGCCCAGUUGUGCCCAGCAGCCACAGGGCCCCCCCAGCCUCCCCCAUGGCACUAGGACCCCUCUUGAGCCCUCCCGUUGUCCCUCCCAGCCGGCCUGUCAGCACCUCGCAGCAGCUGUGACAGGGACAGUUAAAAAUAGCCCCGGCAGCAAUGGCUGCCCGGUGCCGGCUUGCUGCACGCUUCCACCACAUCCACGGCGCCAACAUCCGCCUGGAUGCCUCACACACGCAAGCCACACGGGUGGAGAGCUUCGCCAACGGGCUCUGCUUCAGCCAGGAGCCUCUGGCACCCGGGCAGAUCUUCCUGGUGGAGAUUGAGGAGAAGGAGCUGGGCUGGUGCGGGCACUUGCGCGUGGGGCUGACAGCGCACGAUCCGCAGAGCCUGGAGGUAGUGCCUGAGUACUCGCUGCCGGACCUGGUCAACCUGGGGGACACCUGGGUGUUUGCCAUCACCCGGAACCACAACCGGGUGGUGGUGGAGGGGGAGGAGGCGCAGGCGCGGGGGCGCCCCUGGGAGCCCUUCCUGCUGAUCGAGCGGGUGCGGAUCCCCCGGGACACGCUGGUGGGGCGCAGCCGGCCCGGCCGCUACAGCCACAUCCUGGAUGACCUGUACAAGAUGAACGUGCUGCCAGCGACCGCCCGGCGCAGCCGCAUCGGGGUGCUGUACGCCCCCCAGCCCGACGGCACCGCCGACAUGCACAUCGUCAUCAACGGCGAGGACAUGGGGCCGAGCGCCAGGGGCCUGCCCGCCGCCCGCCCGCUCUACGCCGUCAUUGACGUCUUUGCCUCCACCAAGAGCGUCCGGGUGAUCCCGGUGGAUUAUGGCUUUCCUUCCCUGCAGACGCUGUGCCGGCUGGUUAUCCAGAAACACGUUGUGCACCGCCUGGCCAUCGAUGGCCUGGACUUGCCCCCGCUACUCAAGAGCUUCUGCCAACAUGAGUGAGGUAUCGAGGGUGCUGCUGGGCUGCCCACCACAUCAACAGCCCCCCAGUGAUGGCUGCCCGGCAGGCUCUGUGCCCCGCCCUGCCCACUCACCCCAGCAUGUGCUGCUGAAGGGCUGAUGUGAAAGCAGGGCAAAGCGGGGUUGGGAUUUUCCCCGCACUGAUGGUGUGGUAUGCCCAGAGCGUGGGCAGGGGGAUUGAUGUGGGUCAGAGAGAGCAAUAAAGUGCUUCCAGACAAGA